CUAAAACCAGAGAUAGUCGUUGUGAAGAAGAGACCCAAAAAAAUAAAUAAAAAAAUGGCUGCUUCUACUUCACUAACCUCGUCGGCGACAGAAGAAGAGAUAACGCUGACGGUUAAAUGGAGCGGAAAGGAGUACACUGUCCGAGCCUGUGGCGACGACUCAGUAGCUGGGUUGAAGCGCCGUCUCUGCGAACUCACCAACGUUUUGCCCAAGAGGCAAAAGCUUCUUUACCCCAAAAUUGGUAACAAACUCGCUGAUGACUCCGUUUUUCUCUCUCAAUUACCCCUCAAACCAUCUCUCAAGAUGACCAUGAUUGGAACUGUUGAAGAUGAUAUAAUAGUGAAUCAAAUGGACUCUCCAGAGAUUGUUGAUGAUUUUGAACUUGGGCAAGAUGAAGCAGUUGACAUUGAAGAUGAUGAAGUCAAUAAGCAGAAACUGAGGAGGCGUAUUGAUCAAUACGAGAUUGAACUUAAAAAUCCAUGUCGUCCAGGGAAGAAACUGCUUGUUCUGGACAUUGACUAUACGCUGUUUGAUCACCGAUCCACAGCAGAGACUCCACUUGAACUCAUGCGACCAUAUCUUCAUGAGUUUCUCACUGCCAUUUAUGCAGAAUAUGACAUAAUGAUAUGGUCCGCAACCAGCAUGAAGUGGGUUGAAUUGAAGAUGGGACAGUUGGGGGUCCUCAACAAUCCUAACUACAAAAUCACAGCUCUUUUAGACCACUCGGCAAUGAUUACAGUUCAGUCAGACUCUUGUGGGAUCUUUGAAUGCAAGCCACUUGGGUUGAUUUGGGCUAAAUUCCCAGAGUUUUACAGUUCAAAAAACACUAUAAUGUUUGACGAUCUGCGAAGAAAUUUCAUGAUGAACCUGCAAAAUGGUUUGGUAAUCAAGCCAUUCCGAAAGGCUCAUGCAAAUCGAGAUAAUGAUCAGGAGCUAGUGAAGCUCACACAUUACUUGCUCGCCAUUGCAGAUCUCGAUGACUUAAGUGUCCUGGAUCAUAAAAUGUGGGAGUUCUUUGCAGACGAACUGAGUGAUGUACCUGAGUGACAUUAAUGAAUUUUGAAACCUUAAGCUUAUGUCUUCCUUUUGAGGCAGGGAUGCCAAGGUUGGAUUCGGAUAUAGAGCAAAAGGCCAGCCUGUUUGUGUUCCUUUCUUUGUUCUAUAAAUCACAAGAACUGAACAUUCUUGGAGGAUGCAGGGGAAUGGUUUCAGAUGAAAUUUUAGAAUUCCAUGCCUUGUUCUAUCCCAACUUUCAAGGUAGCUCUAUAACUUCCUUUCUAUUUGAUUAAUACAUCAGUCAAGUGUAGUGCUGCAAAACACAUAUAAAAGACAAUUUGAUCUAAGCUCUCUACUUGUAUGCUAAUGGCCUGGGUUAGCUCUAGAUUUCUAAUGCUCAGACCCUGUGAAACUUGUAUGGUGGUUAGUAAAUGAGUAGUUCUUGUGGAUGGAAACCUUAGUCGA